AUGCAACCUGCGGUAGUAACGAGAGAAAACGCUCGUAUCGCACGUGAAAAUAUAUCACGUCGUUGGAAAAACAACAUAUUAAAGAAACGAACGCAAAAGAUUAAAUAUCGCGUUGGAGAUCUCGUUCGUAUCAGUAGGGCGAAAGCAGCCUUCAAGAAAGAUUACGAGGCUAAAUGGAGCGAGGAAAUAUUGCAAAUUUAUCGUAUUCUCGAUUGGCGAAAUCCUCACGUGUACGAGCUGCGAGAUUUAGCAGACGAAGUCAUAGACGGUAUUUUUUAUGAGCAAGAAUUAGCACGAGUUGAGAAGAACCUAGAGGAAGAACAAUUUAUUGUUGAUCGUGUGAUAAAGAGUAGAGGGCGAGGGGCUAAUAAGCAAGUGCUAGUUAGCUGGCUGGUUAUCCCCUUCAGUAAGAUUGAUACCUGGAUUCCGACAUCGAGUUUAAUUUCUCUUCGCGAUGGAGGAGGAACAAUUUCUUCUGGUACUUCUGAGUAA